AAGAGGGAAAUCCAACCCCAAAGAUUGGGAGAAUUCAACUUGGAAACUUGGGAAACUCUGACCUGGAAAAGAGGGAAAAUCCAACUGGGAAAGGCGGGAAAAGUUGACCUAAGAGAGGGAAAAUCCAGCAAAAAAUGAAAUCUGGGAAUGGCAGGGCUCUGGAAUUCCAGGAGUUCUGGGCUCUGGAAUUCCGGGAAUGUCGGGGCUCUGGAAUCUUGGGAAUGUCAGGGCUCUGGAAUUCCGGGGAUGUCAGGCUCUGGAAAAGUGGGAAUGUCAGGGCUCCGGAACUAUGAGACUUUGGAAUUCCAGGAACGUCAGGGCUCUGGAAUUCUGGGAAUGUCAGGGAUUGGGAGCCAUGUCCCACUGGCAAAGCAGGAAUGUCAGGCUCCAGAGCCACAUCCUGGAAAUCUGGGAAUAUCAGGCUCUGGAAAAGCGGGAAUGUCAGGGCUCUGGGAGUGUAAGGCUCUGGAAUCCUGGGAAUGUCAGCACUCUGGAAAUCUGGGAAUGCCGCAUCUGGAAUCUCAGGAAUGUCAUGUUCUGGAAUUCCAGGAUGCCAGCCUCUGGAAUUCCAGGGCUGGCAGGGCUCUGGAAAAGCGGGAAUGUCAGAGCUCUGGGACAGGGAGGCUCUGAAAUUCCAGGAAUGCCAGGCUCUGGAAUUCUGGGCGGGCCAGGGCUCCAUAACGCUGGGAAUUCCCUCUCCGUUAUCCCAGAAUUCCCUCACUGUUAUCCCGGAAUUCCUGCUCCCCGGUCUCCAUCCGUGUCCCUCAGGGCUGUGUUAUCCCAAAAUUCCUGCUCCCCAGCCACUGUUAUCCUGGAAUUCCCAUUCUGUUGUUAUCCUGGAAUUCCUGCUCCCCGGUCUCUAUCCGUGUCCCUCAGGGCUGUUUUAUCCCAAUAUUCCCUCGCUGUUUUCCCGGAAUUCCCGCUCUGUUGUUAUCCCGAUAUUCCCUUGCCGUUAUCCCGGAACUCCCUCUCCGUUAUCCCGGCAUUCCCGUUCCCUGGCCGCUAUUAUUCGUGUCCCUCAGGGCUGUGUUAUCCCAGAACUCCCUCGCUGUUAUCCCCGAAUUCCCUUGCUGUUAUCCUGGCAUUCCCGCUCUGUUGUUAUCCCUAUAUUCCCUCUCCAUUAUCCCAGCACUCCCUCUCCGGUAUCCCGUAAUUCCCUUGCUGUUAUCCUGGCAUUCCCUCGCCGUUUUCCCGGAAUUCCCGCUCUGUUGUUAUCUCGAUAUUCCCUUGCUGUUUUCCUGGCAUUCCCGCUCUGUUGUUAUCCCGUCGUUCCCUCUCCGUCGUUAUCCUGUCAUUCCCUCUCCGUGGUUAUCCUGU